ACAGACCUCUUUACCUUGGGAUUGCAUUUCAUUUCCUAAGGUAUCAUUCCUUUGUUUAAUAGAUACAAAUAGAAGACAUGAAUUAUGGAAACAACGCAAACAAAGAAUCUUAUUCUCAAGAGAAUGACACGUGUUGUGAAAUGGGAAGCCUUACAUAUUGCUUGCGGUCACCCUGUGUUGUGUUGUCCGUGAGUACUGGUGUCUAGUACGUGGCUGUAUUCGAAUGGAGUAACAACAGGACAAGAGAAGAGUAAAGAAGACAAGAACAAGUGCAUGAAUGGGACGUGGAUGUCUACACAAUGUAGUGAACAUCAUGACUCGCCAUCCAUGCCUUUUCCUUUGCCUUGUUUUGGUUUGUUUUGCUGUGGGCUGUGCUUGGAUCUCAUGCCGGGGAGAAAAUGUAUCUGCCUUCCCAAAGCACUGGCCACUUUUCAAUUCUAAGGCAAAAGUUCAUGAAAUCACAAAUGGAUCUCUGGAUACAUUGUCUAGUUUUCUGGAUCAAAGUCCAUUGAAGUUUGUCUUAUUUUAUGCACCAUGGUGUGGACAGUCAAGAAGUAUUGUGCCACAGUUUGUAAGAGCUGCAAAUAUUCUGCAUCGAGAGGUGACAUUUAUUGCCAUUAACUGUUGGACAGGAUCAUGUAAAGAAAAAUACAUCCUUGAUUCAUUCCCAAAGAUCCUCGCAUACCAUACUGACUUUGCUGGCGUUCAAUACCCUGAAGAUUAUGACGUCCAUUCUUCGUAUAUGGUAAGGUUUAUUCAGAAUGUUGUCAGGCCUUUUUCAUACAUCACAAGAGAGACAGACCUACAAGAAAUGAAAAACAAAAACCAGGAAGUGGUCUUGAGUUACCAUGACAACCUUGAAAGCAAAGAGUAUCUAUGUUUCUUUGGGACAGCAUUAUCUUUUACUGGACAAGUUUCCAGACCUUUGUUUGGUUUAAUCACUGAUGUUAAAUUAGCACGAAAAGCAGGGAUGACGAGGAAUGGAGAGAUUUCUUUCUACAGAUUGCUUCACCCCACCCUGUUUUACAAUCCUACGGUUAACACCACAGUACAAAAUAUAUCAGACUGGAUAUCAAAGAGCAGGAAAGAGUUGAUUGUAGAGCUUGUUCCCAGACCUACCAACAGACAUGCACUAGAAUACCAGCUUAAUGACAAACCAGCUGUCAUACUCUUCUUGCCCCUCAGAACACAAGCAAUAUCAUCCCCUCUCCUAGCACUGUUCACACAAGUGGCCACACAUUAUCACAACUGCUCGUGUGUAAAUAAGACAACAUCAGAAGCACACAGCAUUGAGACCCAGCCGACAGAGGAAGAGGAGCUCCCCUUUACCCCAGUUAAUCUUAAUGACAUCCGCCCGUCACGUACCCUAACGGAACAAGAUCAUUUCCUAUGUGGUUCACUAGUUUUGAAGGAUAAAACAUACAACAGAAAAAACGUCUGUGAUAUUUGCUGUAAUAAAGGACCUCAUUGUCACCAUGGGAACGCGUUUGACGUCAUACUUAAUCGAUUACGUAGAAAUGGUUUAAGUAUGACUGCAUCUUGUAGUAGUAUACAGACCUUUUAUUAUCCUGGACUUAAGGCCAGUAUCUGUUGUGGACGAGCCUCACAAAGUGCAACAGACCAUARGAUGGCAGAACUAAGAAAAAUGUUUCCUUUUACAGAUGAUCCAAUGAUACAACAAAGUAUUGAUAAUCUGUUUGAUAGUUUGUAUUAUAAACUCUUGAAGGCUAUUGAACCUUUGCAAAAAGGACAUGUUGAUAAUGAAAGUGUAUAUUCUGGGCUACAGGCAACCCAUGGUGGUCUGCCUGGUCAAUCUAGUGUCACGCCACCACCAGCAGCAGUAAGCACUGGAAGUGUUCAAACUGUCCAAAGAAAUACCACAGCAAGAAAUCAAACAAUCGGGUCACGUGAUGGAUGCAACAGGACUGGGCAUGUCACAGUCUUUAAUGGAGCUAGUUGUCAUAGCAACCGAUCUGUCAAUUUCUUCUAUAUGGAUACUGGAAGGUUCUGGAGUGUUGUGCAACGGCUUGGUGUGAAAGGGAGUCUCGAUGUCCUUAAAAAUAAASUGGCUUUGGCAAUUGUGGAUGUGAAGAAUGAAGUUCACCACGUACUGAACGAAGAGCUUCCUAUCAAUAACAACACAAUAGUUGAGUUUGUGAUGCACUUCAUGAACACCAGGCUAAAGCAAGCACUGCGGUCAGCGGACAAACCAAGUAACGCAUGCCCUGAACCACACGCAUGCGUAUUAGAAGUGACUUCAGCUACUUUGGACGAUAAUGUAAUGGACGAUGAAAAGGAUGUUUUACUGAUGUACUACGCCUCAUGGUGCGGCUUCUGCAUUAAUCUCGCCCCAGUCCUCUUGACCGUAGCACGAUUUUUUAAGAAUAAUAAACACGUGACCAUAGCAAGAAUCGAUGGUGAUCAAAAUGACUUACCAUGGCAACACACGGUGGCUGCUUAUCCCACCAUUAUCUUGUUUCCUGCCAAAAGGAAAGAUUUUUCGGUUCGGCUUCCUGAAGAAUCCGAACGCACGGCGGAAGCAUUGAUCCAGUUUAUUCUAAAGCAUGGAACCGAGGCUGCAUUGUUUGAAACAACGAGUGGGCGUUGUGAUUCUGACGUCAUCAAGACAAGAUUAGACCACCUAGAGUCCAGUCUCCUUCGAGUGGAACGCGAAAAACAGUUGCUGGAGACCAGGAUUGAAGGAAUUGCAAUGGAGAAAUCUUUAUUGGGACAUAAGAAUUUAAAAUUACUCAAAGGAAUUAAAGUAGCGCAGGAGGCUGCGAAGAGAGAACGAGAUUCGCGUAUUUCGAUGCAAAGUAUGUACGAACUGGCCGAAGAAAGUCGCAGUCAGUUGAAUGAAAAAUAUCUGUCUUUGCUGCUCAAAAGUGCAAAGCUGGAACUAGAAGUUACAGACUUGAAGGGAGAACGUCAUGUACUCGAGAAAAAUGCACAGAAAAAUAUGGAACAAAUACAGCGAUUGGUUCUGGAGAAGAAAGAACUGGAGGAUAUGAAUGGAUCGGUAGUUAAAAAACUGGAAAAAGCUGAAGAAACAGCAAAGUAUUUACGAAACCGCGAUAGAGUAUUAGCUCGUAAAGUUAGACUUUUACAAAGACUUUUUAAGGACCUUUAUUGGAAACACAGACAGAAUUCAAAUAAGAAUGCUAAAACUAGACAAUUAUCAUAUGAACUCAAAGAAGAGAAACGUUCGCUGAGUGAGUUGCUUGUAAAUUUGGAACAGACAGUUGCAGAUUUGAAAGCAGCGUUAUCGGCUGCCGAAGUGAAGCUUGAAGAAGAGAAAAGAAAACGAACCUCGGUGAUGAAACAGAACAACGAAGCGAACCAACAGCUGAAGGAGAUGAAGAUGAACUACGAGAAAUUAACUGUGAUAUUGAGUCAAAUUAAUAUUCCAAAGGACCAGCAGGUCAGCUAGUGUGUGUGUGAUUACAAUGAUCAUAAAGAAGAUCGCAAAGGAUCAUGUAUGUAUCACAUGUUAUGCGCAAAGGAUCAUGGAUGUAUCACAUGUUAUGCGCAAAGGAUCAUGGAUGUGUCACAUGUUAUGCGUAAAGGAUAAUGGAUGUAUCACCUGAUAUGCGCAAAGAAUCAUAGAUGUAUCACGUGCGUGAAGGAUCAAGGAUAUAUCACAU